AUGCUCGCAGCAUUCAAGGCCCAACCCAUCCACGAGCUCAAGCAGCGCGACAAGUCCAAGGUGGAAUCGCUGCUGGGCUAUGGUGAUCGCCUUCUGGUUGGACUGAACACUGGCGCUCUGCGAAUAUACCGUAUCAACGAGUCAAACGAGCCAAGCGAGAGCAAUGGAGAGGUACCACCGAGUCCUACCAAAUCGAAGCCCGUGGAGCUGUUGCGAGAAGAAGAGAAGUUCAGCAAGAAGCCAGUCCAACAGCUCGCCAUAAUCAAAGAGGCGAACAUUCUCGUCAGUCUGAGCGAUACCUACGUGUCGCUACAUGACUUGCAGACAUAUCAGCUGGUGGAGCGCCUCGAGCGCACAAAAGGCGCCUCGUGCUUUACUGUGACCAGCAAUGUGGUCGAGGAUCCGGAAACAAAAGUGCUUGGGUUGGUGUCUAGGAUAGCUGUGGGAACGAAAAGAAAGAUACUAUGUUGGACAUGGCAGGACUUGGAGCUUUCGCAAGACGUGACCGAGAUCAACCUAGAGGCGAGCGUCAAGAGCUUGGUAUGGGCAAAUGGGACCAGGCUCAUCACUGGUAUGGAUCCCGGCUUUAGCGUGGUGGACAUCCUCUCGCAAGAGAUCAUACCCAUCAACAAGAAUGUCGUCAAGACUGGCAGCGCUGCUGAUGUCAAUACUGGAGAACUGGUUGGCGUGCGCUUUGGGGCAGUGAGCAGCAGCGGCAUGGGAUAUAUGGGCAUGGGCAGCUGGGUACCCAAACCAAUGGCUACUCCUUUGACUGGAGACGAAGUCCUUCUGGCGAAAGAUGUAAACACCCUCUUCGUCAACACGGAUGGCAACGCUCUCGAGAAGCGACAAGUGCCGUGGGCUCUGGCACCUGAGGCCAUCGGCUACAGCUAUCCGUAUCUACUGGCAUUGAACCCGCCGGAGAAGGGCACUUUGCAGAUACGAAAUCCAGACACUCUUUCUUUACUUCAGACCAUCAGCGUACCAGGGGCAACGUUUCUGCACGUACCGCAGCCUAACAUCAGUCUGGCGCACGCUGGAAAGGGAUUCUUGGUUGCCUCGGAUCGUACCAUUUGGCGCAUGAACGCACUGUCCUACGAUUCCCAGUUGACAGUGCUUGUGGAGAGACAACGUUUUGAUGAAGCACUCAGUCUGCUGAACCUGCUCGAGGAUACCCUUAUUGAAGACAAGCCUGGGCGUGUGCGCGAAGUAAUGAUCCAAAAGGCCACUGCUCUAUUCCACCAGCAGAAAUACAUGCCUGCUCUGGACCUCUUCACGGACGCCGAGGCGUCACCGGACAGGGUCAUUGCAUUGUAUCCGAAGAGCAUCGCGUGCGAGCUAUCUACUGUCGAGGAGCGAAGUGAAGACGAGCCGGCUCCAACGGAGAACGGGCACGACGACGCAGGGAAGCCAGAACCUGUGACUCCUCAAAAGGGCAUGCUGGGCAAGUUGAGGGGAAGCGCAAGGAAAGCAGACUCUGAUACUGCAUCUAUCAAGUCGCCAGCCAGAGCGGACACCGAUAACAUGAGUACUCGAAACAAAGCAGCGGCCAAGGCGCCUGACAGACCUCUGGAAGGCGAUGACCUGAAAUUUGCAGUUCGCUGUCUGGGUUCAUAUCUAGCACGGGCACGAAUGUGGGUUCAAAAGCACUUGACCUCAGACGGGACUCUGAAGGAGAAGCCACCAGUAUUCGAUCCCGAGACGGGCAAGCCGCCCUUCCACAAUCUCCUGCCUCAGUCUCUUACUGGGAAGAAGGCAGAGGACGCCAUCGAUUGGGAAGCUGAACUGCUGAAGAUUGCCCAGCUCGUUGACACUACGCUGUUCCGCGCAUACAUGCUAUCCCAGCCAACGCUUACCGGCUCCCUCUUCCGCCUGGACAACUUCUGCGAGCCUGAGGUCGUGCAGUCGGCACUUUACGAAGGCGAACGAUACAACGAGCUCAUCGACUUCUUGCACGGCAAAAAGCUACAUCGUGAAGCUCUGGAGAUGCUCGCUAAGUUUGGUAGAGGCGAUGCAGAUGGCGAAGUUCCACCAGGUAUGCAAGGCCCUGGCAGGACUGUUGCGUAUCUCAAGCAGCUACCACCAGAGCUCGUCGAUUUGAUACUGGAGUUUGUACGAUGGCCGCUGGAAGAGAAGCCUGAUAUUGGCAUGGAUGUCUUCUUGGCCGACAGCGAUAACGCUGAAAGACUACCGCGCCGCAAGGUACUCGAGUUCCUGGCAAGCAUCGAUGGAAGGCUGGAGACGCAAUACCUUGAACACAUCCUCAACGAGCUUGGCGAUGAGACAGACGACUUCCAUCAGCAAUUGGUCGACCUCUAUCUCGUCCGGUUGAAACAGCCAGACAUAGACGAGGAUGAGCGAGUGGAGCUGAAGUCCAAGCUGGAGGCUUUCCUGACCAACAGCCACGCCUACAGUCUCAACAAGACGCUCCGGCAGCUCCCCACCGACGACCCGGCCUUCUAUGAAUCUCGCGCCAUCGUGUUGAGCGCCAUGGAGCAGCACGAACAAGCCCUCUCCAUCUACGUCUUCCAAAUCCAAGACUACACCAAAGCCGAAGCCUACUGCAACAAGACCUACCUCAAACAACAAGCCCACGAAGAAGCCUGCCUCGUCAACAACACCGCCGCCCACACGCACGAAAAGCAAAAACCCCUGUUCAAAGCCGUCCAACCAGAAGGCACAUUCGAACAACCCAACAUCUUCGCCAUCCUCCUCGGCCUCUACCUCAACCCGCGGCCCAACGAAGAAAAACGCUGGCCCCAAGCCCUCGAACUCCUCAGCAAACACGGGGCGCGCCUCCCCGCCAGCAGCACGCUCAAAUUCAUGCCGGACGACCUCGCCGUGCAACAACUCCAAGACUACUUCUGCGGCCGCAUCCGCAACGCCACCUCGAUCCUGCGCGAGGAGAUGAUCGUGAAGAGCCUCGAAAGCGUGCGGCAGGCGAAUAAGGAGCGGUUGUUGUUGCUCGGGCCUGAUAAGUUCGCGGAGGAGAAGCCCAUGGGUAGGAAUCGACGGGUGAGGAUUGGGCCGGAGGAUCAUUGCAAGGUUUGUCAUAAGAGGUUUGGGGCGAGUGCUGUGCGGGUUUAUCCGGAUGAUUCGGUGGUGCAUUAUGGGUGUAUUGGGAAGGGAGGGGUGCAAAAACAGAAGCAGGAGGGGAUUAGUGGAUUGGGGCUGGGGAGGUUGAGGAGGGGGGUUGAGGGAUGGUCGUGA